AUGGGAGCGUUGCCCGGGGUGGCAGCGGUGGCGGCGGGGGGUGGCGAGCGGGCGGGGGGGGUCGACGGCGGGGUGGACGUUCUCCUCCUGAACGACGGGCUGGAGGCGUUCGACAACGGCACCACGGUGGAGGCGGCGCUGUUGAGGGCUGCGCGGCGCCGAAGGAAGUCGAACGGCGGAGGAGUGGAGGGGGGGGGGGAUGGCAGUACGACGAGCGGUACCGUCAGGAACAUGCUCCUUGCGAGGGUCGGUUCCGGUAUGACCUCUAACCAGCGGCGCUCCGGAGCGUCUCUCGCUGAAGCUGGGGGGGGGCAUCCUCAUUUGCCGGAGCCCCCGACGGCCGUGAUCCAGGCUCUCAACAAGCAGGUGGCCCCGGAGCGUUUCACGGAGGGGGAUGCCCGCGCCGUGCGCACCCUCGCCCCGGCGAUAGCCGCGGGUUCCCGCCUCAUCGUCUCGCUCCUCAACCUUUCUGGCCGGGCGGGCGGCGCUAACCCCGCGAGGGAACACGCCUCGCCGAAAUUCGACUGCCCUCCGGCGACGGAACCGAGUUCCCGCGGCUGCCCGGAAGAGCUGCUGCUUCUCCGGGAUGGGCUGAGACGCGCCCGGGAAGGCCUCGGUGCCGACCGCGCCCGGCUGUUCGUGCUUGACACCGACCUCGCUCCCGGAGUCGCCGUCGGUGGUGGUGGACGUUUGCGGCUUCAGCUGUGGCACGAAGACCCCGCCCGGCCUUGGUCAGUCGGCAUGUCAGGGGCCCUUGGCCAGAGCGGCGGCGGCGGUUGGGGAGGGGUCAGGUUGGACGCGGGGCUUCACGGGGUCGCGGUAUCGACGGGACGGGCCGCCAGGUCCGCCGAUGCCCUCUCCGACCCCCUUUACGACCGGGAGCCGGACGUCAGGGAAGGGUUCCUGGCGCGGUCGGUGCUCUGCGCCCCGCUGCUGGAGCGACAGCCGCCGCCGAGCGGUGGUGACACCGCUGCCGCCGCCAAAGAAACGGAUCGCGGGAGCACAGCUAGCAGCAGCGGGGGCAUCGCGAGUGGGGUGCCGUUCGCAGUCCUAGAGCUAACGCUGGGCCGGAGGUCCGUACCUGUUGACGAUGACGGCCGCGCCACCGAAGCUAGCAUCGCACGGGGGAGCGGGUUGGGCGAAAGCGGUGGCGGCAGGACGAGGAAGGCGUUCGCCGAGGGGGACGAGGCCCUGGCGGAAGCUUUCGCGCGCGACUUGGCGGGGCUUCUGUCCGGGCUGCUCGCCGCAGGGUUUCGGCCUAGAGAGUCGGCGACUACCCUGGCCGGCGGCGGAGGGCACUUGGGUACGGCGCGUGGUGUAAGCCGCGGGUCAGCGCGUGAUGGGCGUGCUUCUUGGCAACAAAGACGAGCAAUACCGUCCGUAGACGACGCCUGCGACGAUCAUGAUAGAGGCAGGUUGUUGACACGAGCUGACUUGAGACGACCAACACAGCAGGAUAACGACCACGGGCAGACGGGGUUGGAAGGCGUUGAGGCUCGAGGCCGUGUAAGGGGGCAGAUGGGCAGUAGCUCCACGUCGACUGCCGUCGGGGUGAGCCCUCUCGGAGCCGGGGUCCGUGCUUCCGUCGCAACUACCGGGCAGAAGUCGCCCGAUGGUGAUGAAGGGCCGCUACCGCCCUCCCCCGCCACCGAGGGCAGCAGCGGGUACGGGGGCGGCAGUCCAACAACAAGCCCACACGGACGGGUCGUCUCAGAAGAGCAGCGCCGAGGAGCGGCCAGCCUCGGGCGACAGCAGCAGGUGGAAGCCAUCGAGGCGCGGAGCUGGGCUACCGCCCAGAGGGUACUCGAGCACUGCAAGGAGAGCCUUGCCGCUGACAAACGGCCACGGCAGCAUCACCACCCCGAUGGAUCCGCCAACCUCGCUGUUGCCGCCGCCAGCAGCACUAGCAACAGCCACGCAGCGAGCAUCGCGCCGGCCGUGCGUUCGCUCGUGUCUACGCUCUUGCCCGGCUGCACCGCGGUGCUGCUUCUGCUCGACCGCGCCACUGGACGGUUACGGGACGCCGGGUUUGAGACGGAUCAUCCCGACGAAGGUGGCGCGGAUCGCGCGACGCCGCAGCAGCCGCCGGUGCAGCGCGAAGACGUGGCUCGCCGCGCCCUUGCAUCGGGCAAGGCGCUGCUAUCGAGGAUGGCGGAUCCUGGCGAGGCAGCCGCCGCCCCGGAGGGAGGAGGCGGCAGCAGCGACCUCAGCCGCAGGAGGAUAUUCUGCGUCCCGGUGGUGACCGAUUCCGUGGGCCUCGCCCUAGGCUGGUGCGAAGCUCUCGACCGCCAGGAGAAGGCCUCCCAGGAACAGGCGGCGGCGGGCGCGAGGACGGCUGCGGCCGCGGCUGCGGCCCGAGAGCGAAGCCGCGAGGAGCUCGAGGCCAGGCACAAAGAAGAGCUCCGGCUCGCGCGGCAGUCUCACGGCGCCCGUGCCGCCGAGACCGCGGACGCUCACGCCCGCGCGGUCGCGAGCCUGCUCGAGGACAAGGAGGAGCUGGCCGCGGCGGCAGCGAGGGCGCUGGCGCUAGCGAGGGCUAGGAAGGACGGGGCCAGGGCCCUAGUCGCCUGGCGGGAAGCCUCGAGGAGGGGCCGGAAGGCCGAGGCGAUAGCCGCCCGACUGCUGGAGCGGCGGCGCGGGAAGGCGCUGCGCGAGUGGAGGUCGAGGACCCUGGCUCUCCGGGCCCGCGAUGGUGCGGAGGCCGCGGGUGUAGAGGCGUCGGCCAGGAGGGGGCUGCGGCGAGCGGUCGGGACGUGGACCAAGAACGUUGCCCGCCGGCGCGUCGCUGAGGAGCGGCGUCUGGCGGGAGCCCGGCUCGUGGCGGAGGUGUUGAGGAGGAGCGGGGGGCCGGUGAAGAUUUGUUUCUGCGUCUGGAGGGUGGCCGCUAGAGACGCGUCGGCCGCGCAGAAGGCUCUAGCGCAGAAUGAGGCAGACGAGAAACGCAGGGCGGUUGUGGAUGAGGAAUUGUCGCGUGCGGAGGCUCGGGCGCAGCUCCUGUCGGAGCGUGUUGCGGACAUGUGUCGUCGCCGGCGGAACGAUCGGGUAGUUCGCUCGGCGUGCCGAGCAUGGCUCGGCCUAGCCCAGCAGAUGGGGCAGAGGCGCGAGAACGUGCGGCUAGCGGAGUUGUGGCGGCGGCGGCAGGCCCUGAAGUCGGCGUUGACCAGGUGGCGGGGGGUCAUUGUCCCUCAAGCACAAUCUAUUCCGCCAGCGCUUACCGCCGAAGAGGGUCCCCCGGCCACGGGUACCGGUCCACCCGCUGUAGGCCUGACGGAGUCUGAGACAAGGGUGGAACGCGUUGGUCCGUGGGGUUCGAUAGGCGAAACCCCCGUAGCCGCGGCUGUUGCGGGGGAGGCAGGAGGAGGAAGAGGUGUACCGCCGCCUGCAGGUAGUAGAGGGGGUCAGGCCUCGACGAGAGGUGGCGAGAGGUUACUCGUUAGCGGAGGCAGGGAAGGAGUCGUCCAGGCUGCCGUCGCUCACUCACCGAUCCGCACAGAUGCUCUCGCAUCCGGCACCGGUGGCGGUAGUAGCGUACGGUCGUCGUCCGUAGCGGACAGAGCGGCCGCGUCCCCGCGUGCUGCGGAGAUCACCGCCUUCCGCGACAACAACGCCACCGGGGACGGUGGCCUCGAACGCUUGCGCCUGGAAACCCUCACGGAGGCGGCCGCGGGCGGGUUCCGGCAGCAGCGAGACAGGACGUCCGCGCUGCGGCUGCUGUCAGCGUGGCGACGCGCAGCCGCCACGGAGCGCUCGAAGAGGGAGGCGCUGUCGCGCCUAGUGCGAGGAGCCCGGCGACGGCGACUGCGCGGCGGGCUCAGCCGGUGGCGGGUGGGGGCCCGGGCGGUCCGGGCCAAGGAGGAGCGGCGAGCGGCGAGGGAAGGGGCGGCAGCAUCGGCGUCGAAGGCGAAGGAGGCGGUGGCGGAGGCGGCGGAGGCGGCCUCGGCGGCGGCGGCGGCCGCUAGGGGGAGGGCCGCGGCCGAGAAGCUGGCCACGGAGAGGGAGAAGGAGCUGCGGCUAGAGAAGGCCGCGGGAGAGGAGCUGCGCGAGGCCGUGGAGAGGCUGCAGACAGAGGCGUCAGAAACCGCCCUCCGUGAGCAGAAAGCGGACGAACAUUCGCGGGAGAGGAGCGCGCGGGCGUUUCUCCUGUCCCUCGCCGUCGCCGAGACGUUUCGCCGCGGCCGACAACGCCUCCUCGCCUCCCGGGCCCUCAAAACUCUUCGAGAGUUGGCCCGCGCCCGCCGCCUGGCCUCUUACGCGACCGCCCGCAUCACGGCGCUCCGCCUCUCCCGCGCCCUGCGGUGCUGGGGCAACCGGGCUAGGCGGAGCUCCGAGCUCCGCGGCGCCGGCGCCAAGUCGGUCUUGGCCGCCCGUAGGAUAUCGUCGCUCCACUUGUCUAGGUGCCUGGGGUCCUGGAGGGAGGAGGCUCGGCGGGGUCGGCGACGGCGGAGCGCGGCCGUGUCGGGGGCCGAGGCCCUGUCUCGCCGGCGCCGGCGAGCGGCGAUCGCGGUUUGGAAGGAGGCGUAUCGUGGCCGGGAGGCCUCGGCGGCGAGGGAGGCCGCCCGGAUGAGGAUUUCGAGGCUGCGGCACGGGCUCGAGAGGUGGCGGAGAGCGGCGCUCGGGCGGGGGUGGCUUGACUUUGACCGGGGCGGUGGGGGCGGAGGGAGCAGGGUGUUGGCUCGGCUGGAGGGGUUGGCCGCCGCCGUGGACACGGCGAGGGGUCGAAGGCGGGCUAGGGUGGCGCUUCGCCGGUGGUCCGGGCAUGCGCAGGGAGUACGGAGGAGGUCUGACGUGGAAAUGAGAGUGCAGGAAGCGUUCGUUAGCGGCAACCAGGCCGUUGCGGUGCUGCGCUGGCGAGCGAUCACCUGUCUGCGGCGACGGCUUCGGCAAAGGCUUGACCGUGGCGCGGCGUGGGCGACGCUGGCCGGGGUCCGCAAGGGGUGGAAGGCGUGGCGGGAUCGGGCAGCUAGCGCACCCGAAGAAGACUACACGCAAGACGACGGCGCCUAUGAAACUGGUGACACCGACAACAUGGGGCAGAUCACUCCGCCUGCGAAAGGGGGCUUCCGUUACGUCUCCAAAUUCACCGACGCCUUCACGCGGAUGAAGGAAACUACCUGCUUAGGGCCAAGUCCAAGUCCGCUCGAGUCCUUCACGCCUACAACAUGCACAUGGCUGCUCCGCUAG